AUGCAUAUCGCUAUUGUUUGGUGGUGUUACCUGACCUUGGCUGUUGUCUAUGCCGCACCUAGGUUCGAUCCAAAUACUCCUGAGCUAUCAUCCCGCGCUUUUCCUUCUACACCCUCUGAGUCGAUUGAGUUGCCUGGCCCUGAGAGAGGAUUUAAUUCCCCGCCUGUUCUUGGUGGGGGAACACCCCCAAAAAGCCCAGACUCUUCACUCUCCGGUGGAGGAGCACCCCAACCAAGCCCCCUUUUGCCUGCCUUCCAACGAAGAAGUCCCCCAAAACAAACUGGAGGGAUAAUGGAGGUGAAAGUCAUGAUACAAGAUACUACUAUGCCCAGAGUGUCAGGCUCAGACGCGAACACAGUGCAAGGCGCGGAAGUAGUCCUAAACGACGAAGAUUGUAUUCUGAGUAGGUACGAAGAAAUAUAA